UGUAUGUUAUGGUGCAGUGGCAGCAUAGAUUAAUGCUAGCUCUAUGAUUGCUGAAUCAAGUUUACCUUCUUCCACUUAUUCUGCAAGAUAACAGUGUGUGCUUUAGUAUUCUGCUGAGUGGUUGUAUAUUUGGCAUUAUAUUUUUUCUAAUCAAUAGGUAGAAAAUCCCUUUGAAAUUCGUUAUUUUGCUGAGUGGUGGUUGUUGGCAUUAACUUACUGCUCCAAUAGGCUUCUAUGCUGAAGAUUCAGUGCAUAUCCUGUUUGCUGCUCCCAAGCCGGGUCGAAGAGUCUUUGUUGCCACAAACACAAAACCUGGUUAGUUGCAAGCUUUGGUCAAAGCAGUGCAUGGCCAGGUGUGUAAUUUUUCCAGUGACCCCGAUUCCAUAGGAAGUUCAUCUAGCCUUAUAGUGUCAUCUAUAUGAUCUCUAAAUUUGGGCUUGUUAAGGUAUAUGGUUGAGUUGCAGAAAUCAAUUUUCUAAUUAUUGGAGUAUGUGUUGAAUUUUUUUUUUUUUAAGUACUUUAUAUUUCUUUUUCAAGGAGGAAAACUUAAAAUUGUCAUUUACAGAAGCACUAUGUGACUAUGAAAAGGGCACUUUGAAUCAAGUACACCACUAUACUACCUGGUUUUUAAAAUUUUCAAUCUUCCUAUUUCAUUUUAAAAGUUUCCGAGUGUGGUAAGGUUCCAGACACGCCACCAAACCAACCUCCUGUAUCAAAUUCUAAGUUUCUGAUGCUUUGCUCUCAGGCAGUGGAUAGAAUUCAGAAAGCUGCAAUGUCUAAUGAACUGAUUGCAAUUAAUCCUUUCAAACAGGAUUAUUCGCUAUGUGCUCCAUCCCUUGAGAAAGGAAAAACCAUAGUAUUCACUACCUUCCUUGUUUGCUCCUGUAUGGUAACAAACUGGAAUAUAGCGAGAAAAGCAUAUGAUUUUAGAUGCUUAUAUGCACAAGAGCCACGAGGUACAAAGUUCUGCGUUUUUUUGUUUUUGUUUGCAGGCAUGACAUUCAAAUGGGUAAAAGAUCUGCUCAUUCGUAAUUGGCUUGUGCCGAUCAGAAGUAAUUUGUAGAACUACUUUGGAAAUGUUAACAACAUAAUGUUUAGUUUUUUCUUGUAUUUCUAUGAGUGAAUGGACUCUCCUAAAAUGCUACCAUGCCACACUGUGUAGCAGGCAUUGGAGCAGAUCAGUUCCAUUCCAAAUGAGAUCAGAUGUGUUUUGCAGUUAAAGUUGACUUAGAAGAUGAAUAUAACCAUUAAAUGUUGCAAUUUUUCAUUGGCCUUUAUUAUGUGAUUAAGAAAUAAAGGACUAUUGUCUUAUGCUGUGUUUGGUUGGGAGAUUUGGAAAGGAAUUUAGAAAGGAAAAGAGAAAAGGUAGAUGAAAUGUAAAUAAAAUAUCCCACUAAAGGUCUCUGGUCAUGCGAAACACCUGAAGGCUUCUUUGUCUUUUUUAUUCCUCUCUCUCUCUCUCUCUCUCUUCUUUUCAUUUUUCUUCUUUAUUCUUACCUGUUUCAUUUUAGAGAGAGAAGAUGGAUUCAAGAACGAAAGGUUCAGCCACAAGGUCAUGGAAGUUGAAACCGAGAAUGACAGAUGCAACCAAGGUCAGAAAGAUGAUUUGCAUGCUCAAUUGUGGCAUGCCUGUGCGGGACCUCUGGUUAAUGUCCCACGCGCUGGGGAUAAGGUGUUCUACUUCCCUCAAGGUCACAUAGAACAGGUUGAGGCAUAUUCAAACCAAGAUGGUAAAGUGGAGAUGCCAAUCUACGAUUUACCUUCUAAGAUUCUUUGCAAGGUUGUUUACGUUCAGUUAAAGGCUGAACCUUACACCGAUGAGGUGUUUGCACAGAUUACUUUGCUUCCAGAGGGUCCAAGUCCAGAGCAUAGAACUUCUCAAUGUCUGCAUCAGAAAAUUAAUGCAUGCCCUUUUAGGAAGAGACUUACGCCAUCAGAUCAAAGCGCACACGGUGGAUUCUCGGUCCCUAAGCGAUACGCUGAUGAAUGCUUUCCUCCUUUGGACAUGUCUCAGGAACCACCUACACAGGAACUGGUGGCAAAGGACUUGCAUGGUUCAGAAUGGCGAUUCCGCCAUAUAUAUCGGCAUCCAAAGCGACACUUGCUUAGUAGUGGUUGGAGUACAUUUGUUAGUGCAAAGAAGCUUGUUGUUGGUGAUGCUUGUAUAUUCCUGAGAGGGGAAAAUGGAGAACUUUAUGUGGGGGUCCGUCGUGCAACAAAAUCACAAAUCAGUAUACCAGCAUCUGUCAUAUCUGGUGUCAGCAUGCAACAUGGCAUACUGGCAAGUGCCUUCCAUGCCGUUUCUACUGGAACCAUGUUUACUGUGUAUUACCGUCCUUGGUAAGCUAGUACUCUGUUAUGGAUAUGAAGUCUAUUGCAUUUCAUUGGAACAAGAUUCAGCAUGCAGUUUGAUGGUGAAGAAUGUCCUGAACAAAAGUGCUCCAUAUUUGCAGGGACCGUAGUUGGCAUUAAUAAUAUUGAUUGCAUCAGGUGGCCUGGUUCAGAGUGGAGAUGUCUGAAGGUGCAAUGGGAUGCCCCAUCGAAGAAAAUUGUUCGUCCUCAAAGGAUUUCUCAUUGGAACAUUGAACCGGAAGAGGUCAAGAAGAAGUGCUCUUCCAUUCUCGCCUUGAUCUAGUCUAUGACGCAUACACUCUCCCUAAUUCUUUAUUUACAUGUUUACUGCUGUGUAACUUUUUUGGUUUUUUCUCGUCAUAUGAUUGAUGAACUUCGAACAACUUAAUGUUGCCUCUGAGGAGGGAAAAAGAAAAGGGAUAUUUAGGCUCGUACUUGGUGUUUGGCAUUGGAACGAAAUUUUUGCAUUUGAAUCGGAAUGAUUUAGGUUUGUAUAAGUUGGUGAUGGUAAGUUGGGGAAGAGGUAAACCACAAAUUCAUGAUUAGUAAACUGUGAAAUGUUAUAUCUGUACCGAAAUAUGUGGUUCCAACAGACUGAAAUGGCAUGAAUAUGGUGAAUGGACUUGGAAUAUGGCAAUGUUGAUUGAUUAUGGGCAUAUUUAUAGUGGCCUUUGAUGUUGUGGAAUGGUGUAUGAGCAAAUUUAACACAA